UACAUUUUAUCCUAUUUUGUAAUUUAUAAUUGUAAAUUCUAAGAUAAUUUUGAAGGAAACGCCAGUGUUUACAGUGCUUUAAAUGUAAUUUACCAAAUUUUUUAAAUUUCUAAUUUUGUUUUAUAGCACUAUUAAUAUUUAUAGCAGUUAGUUUUAUAUACAUAUAUGGUAUAGUUUUCCGUUUUCUUACAAAUUAUACGUCGAGUCAUAAAAACUAGAAUUACAUGCAAAAAUCAGUGAGACUAACUAUUAAGUUUUGAUCUUGGAAGACCUUGAAAUCUAACGACUGAACAGGACGGAAAAGCAAAUCUUAUCGGUGUCCAUUAGACGCAUUAAUCGUUGUUUUUUAAUCAGUAUAAUUCUUGGUAUAAUCCGCUUAGUCAAAUAAAUCAAGUACAUAUAGCUUCUGCAUAACUGGAAUUAAGCAUGACUGCUGUAAUUUAAUACGUAUCGCUUUCUAAUCCAUGGAAACAUCUGGCAUGCACGCAAUACUAUACUUUACGCAUACAUGCACAAAAUUAUUACCGCUUCACGAAGAUCAUAUUGUACAUAUUGGAAUAACGCUACCUUUAAUCACCCGUAAGACUACUUUUUUUAGCUGCUUUAUUCCAUCUGUUUCCAACAUAAAUAUGUAUUUGUAAAUUAAUUAUUACAAGUCAUUGAAGCUGUAUCGACAAAUUUUGUGUCGAUAGCGAACAACGAGAUGUUGUAGCGAUUCUAAUGAAAACGUUCUAUCGAAUGCUUAAAAUGCUACAACGCUCUCUUAGAUUUACUUAACGCGCAACAGACGCUUUCAUUCGUUUAAAGACGACGUCGUGCUGGCUUUAACGACGACGGGCACAGUCAAGGUAUGGACGCUUUUGGGACAUGAGAAUCGGAACAGCGAGCCUCUGUACGAGCACGAAAGCAAACAGAUUCGCUGUUUGAAUGCACUCGCAAUGACUUGCUGUCCUUAUAAUCAGAGAACAGUAUUGAUUGUGUGCUCCAAAUAUUGGCAGAUAUUUGAUGCCGGUGAUUUCUCAGUUCUCUGCUCAAUAACGGCUCCACGUGGCGAACGGUGGAUGGCAGGCGAUUUCUUGGCUGCUGAUAGGGUCAUUCUGUGGAGUGAUGAAGGUCAUGGAUAUUUAUAUAAACUUCCAGCAAACACAUCCCUUUAUUGCUUCUAGGAUUCUGGUACAACUUGACAGUAGCGUUGCGGAUAACAAGAACUUUCACACCGCCGGUGCAGAGUACGAUCAGCCGUAUCUCUACUGUACAUUAACGCAACCUGGUGAUAAGCCUCUCUCUUGUCCACCGGCUAUGCAAUUGGUCACCGUGCAACGUCAGAACAAGACUUUGAAAUAUCUGUUGCGCGGAGACAGCGAGGGGGUCGUUAUUCUCUGGACAGUGCCGGACGUGACGAGCCAGCAACUCGCCCAGAUUUCUCAGAGUGACGGAUCGUCACCACCGGCCUUGUCACCGACCAUCAAGACGAGUCUCACCGCUGCUUGGGACGCGAUGAAACCGCCUCCCGUAGGAAUACUCGAUCAAUUGGACACUGGCGAUGGCCACGGAAUUAAGCUCACCGCUUGCAUAUAUCUGCCGCAACAGAGUCGACUGGUCGUCGGUCGUGAGGAUGGCAGCAUCAUUAUCGUGCCGGCGACGCAAACUGUAAUGCUUCAACUGCUUCAUGGCAAUCAUCAGCAGUACGAUGAUUGGCCACCACACCAAAUUUUAUUGGGCCACUCGGGACGAGUAAAUUGUCUGCUUUAUCCUCACGGCGCGGCAUCUCGUUACGACCGCAAUCAUCUCGUUUCCGGUUCCGUGGAUUUUGCUGUCUGCCUCUGGGAUUUAUACGCUGGUACACUGAUUCAUCGGUUUUGCGUUCAUGCCGGCGAAAUCACGCAACUGAUGGUGCCACCCGAUAAUUGUAGUCCUAGGAUACAGAAAUGCGUUUGCAGCGUUGCAUCGGAUCACAGUGUUACUUUGCUCUCGUUAGCGGAAAGGAAAUGCGUUGUGCUUGCUUCGCGACAUCUUUUCCCGGUUGUGACUAUCAAAUGGAGACCGCUGGAUGAUUUUAUGAUAGUCGGAUGUUCGGACGGUGCCGUAUACGUCUGGCAAAUGGAAACUGGUCACUUGGAUCGCGUACUGCACGGCAUUAUUGCGGAAGAGGUGCUCUAUGCUUGCGACGAGAACACCAUAGCGGCAGCCGGUGGAUCCGCCGCCGGCGGUGAACUAGGACUAGCUAAUCCUGCCGUGCAUUUCUUUAGGGGUUUGCGCCAUCGGAACUUGUCGGCGAUUAGACACGCGACGCAAAGAGGACUGCAUCAAUUACAACAGCUCCACGGUGGACACGGUCCCGAUCACGGAAAUCAAAUAAAAGCUAAAGGUUCGCCGUUGAUGAUCCAAGGAUUCAGAAGUAAUCCGAAGGAUCCGGAAAGUCAUAUCCUAUUUUUUGACAUAGAAGCGCUAAUAGUGCAAUUACUCAGCGAUGAAUAUGGUGCCAUGUCGCCCGGUUCUUUAGAAGCGCAAGGACUCAUCUCCGCUGCUGAAUAUCAGAAAGUUGCAGCGCUCACUCAGUCCGCCAGUCCUGAUGCACACAAAAAAAUUGUUGACUUUUUCGGUCGCGUCAAGGAUAAGGCGGGUGAUGUUGAGCGAAUAUUGAAGGAGAAGGAUCGUCAUGGUAUAUUGGCUAAGAUGAAGGAGGGUGCGGAGAAUGUGCAUACUAAAUUACAGGCCAAAGCGGAAAGCGUCGGCCUCAAGCCGUCGACAUUUGACGGCAAAGGUGACAGUUGGAAUAACAGCGACGCGGCAAAAAAUAAUUUGAAACGGAACGGUGCAUUCAGCGAGCCAAACGCGACGAUGGAAGUAGCGCAGUUACUUUUGAGCCUUCUGCAUGCUUGGGGCAUGGAUCCAGAUUUGGAUAGAGUUUGCGAGGGAAAAUUAGGUUUACUACGGCCUAUGGUUCCCGUCUCAUUCGGUGUACUGUCCAAAGGAGGUUACAUGUCAUUGUUAUUGCCUACUUGGCAGACGCAGCUUGAACCGGUAGGUGAACCUGCGACUCAAUUGGAGCAACGCUUGCCUGCUGAAUUAGUUAGGCAGGAGAGACUCACUAGAGCAUUUACAGCGAGAGCACAUUGGGAAUUAUCUACAACAUUAACGAGUAACCAUUUACUGGCAGUAGUCGCUUUAUCGAACACUUUAAUGUCGAUGAACAAUGCGACGUUUGUACCUGAACAAGAACGAAAUCGCAAGAUGCAUAGGCCAGGCAAUAGAGGUGCGGUAAAUUGGAAUAAGACGGAAGAGGAAAAUGAGGAAAUGUACACGGUACAACAAGCUCAAAUCAAACAGGGUUGGUCCCUCCUGGCCACCUUGCACUGCGUAUUGUUACCUGAUAAAGUUGCGGCGCAGGGUGGCGUCAAGACUUUCAAGCGACCGCAAGUAGAGAUGAUGGCACGAAGAUGGCAACAUCAGUGUGUAGAGAUUCGAGAAGCAGCUCAAGCUUUGCUGCUCGCUGAAUUAGGCAGGAUGGGUUCAAAGGGUCGCAAAGCGCUUGUCGAUAACUGGUCACAGUAUUUGCCGAUGUAUAGUACUCAGGAGCCGAUCGCACCGCAAUCGCAAAGCCAAACGCCGGCGGCCGGAAGUCCGGUGCCACCGUCCGAGUCGCAACCAGAGGAAGAAGACGAGGAAGAGGAAUUAGCCGAAGAGCUAAAUAUAGCUAGGAAGCCGUCGAGCGUGGCGGAAUUGAAACGAAAGCAAACCACGGCGGUAGUGCUGCUGGGUGUUAUAGGGGCUGAAUUUGGUCAAGAUGUAACUACUACGAACCAAAGAAGGGACAACGAGCAAAGACGGAAGAGCUCGAUUGUGGAAGGUUUUGGCAUAGGAAAUAAUAAUCUUGCCAGACACACUAGUAUGGCUCUUACUCAUUUAUUACACGCGCCUCAUUCUCCCAAGUUACCGUUACACACGGCACUGCGAAGAGCCGCGAUUGAUCUUAUUGGUAGGGGAUUCACUGUGUGGGAACCUUAUCUCGAUGUAUCCAAGGUCUUAUUAGGUUUAUUGGAAAUGUGCUGCGACGCGGAUAAAUUAGUGCCCAGUUUGACAUACGGCCUUCCUCUCACCCCGCAAGCCGACUCUUGCCGCACGGCACGUCACGCUUUAACACUGAUUGCUACCGCUAGGCCAGCUGCCUUUAUCACCACGAUGGCUCGCGAAGUGGCCAGAUUUAACACUCUCCAACAGAAUGCUCAGACUUUGAAUGUCAAUCUGGGUGCAAGUGUUUUGACCAGAGCAAAGCCAGAGAUUCUUAGGAUCGUCGAACAACUAAUUGACAAGAUGCAGAGUGAGAUGAGCGAUCUUCUUGUGGAGGUCAUGGACAUUAUUCUCCAUUGCCUUGAUCCAGGUCAUUUGAAAAUGAAGCCUUUGAACGAAGUAUUUCCGGCAGUGUGUAGAUUUAAUCAAGUCAGUCAUUGUCCAGCAACGCGCAGGAUAGCAGUUGGCGGUCGCGGCGGUCAGCUAGCGUUAUACGAAUUGCGAGGUAACGUCAAAUGUCAAACCGUUUCGGCUCAUUCAGCGCCGGUCACCGCGUUGGCCUUUUCACCGGAAGGAAAGUUCCUCGUCAGUUAUUCUUGUUCCGAGAAUAAACUAUGCUUCUGGCAGCAAACCAGUAGCGGCAUGUUCGGCCUGGGCAACUCGCAGACUCGCUGCGUCAAGUCGUACAGUACCGCGCCUAUCAACGACGUAGCCCGAUUGAAUCCUAUGCGUUUGGCUCGACUGAUUUGGAUCAACAAUCGCACGGUCACCUUAAUGCUCGCCGAUGGUUCGGAAACACGCUUUAAUGUUUAAUUGAAUGCCAUGCGAAAUCGGUCUAGAGCUAUUAAUUCAUUUGGCAAGCGAAAGUAGCUUGCUCGAUCAUUUAGGGCCGACAGCAUCGAUUGGUCUUCGUUUAUACAGUGUGCUCUGUUUCUUAACAGAUUUUUCACACAGGAAUAUUAGAGACAGUCAACAACAGCAAGAGCAACAACACUGUUUACAAUGAAGAAAGUUUAAUAGAGUUUAAUAGAGAGCACUCUCUCGCGCGAGUUAAAGAAUGCUAUUUUACCGUUCACAUUCUAGAACGAUUAACAAAUAAAAAAUACAAAAGUUUACAUGUAUGUAAUGUAAAAAGUAUAGCGAUUUAAAGAAAACACUGCUUAUAAAUUAGGUUUAGCGUAAACUAUUUAUUAAAUUCUCUUUGUUUAUCUAAUCGAAGUUGUCGGCGCGACUUUAGUUGAAAAAUUUGCGCGUAAACCAGGAGCGCCGUCGACGCGCUCAUUGGUACUUGAUCGAUAAUAUCGGUACUGAAUAAUCGGAUUUUAUGGUGUUUCAAUGUGUACAUUGUCACUAUGUACGAUACGGCUGUCUAGAUCCAAUCUUAUCUAUGCUACUUUCCUCUUAUCGUUAGAUAAAAUCAGGACUAAGAUCAGUGUUACUCGACGCUAGUUGUGCGAUUCGAGUACACGGUUUUUAUCGCCAAUAAUUUCUCACGUAAAUUGUGAAGAUCAGAGAGAUUAUGCGAUGCGAAUUGGUUCCUGUUAUUAAUCCUCCGGAAGUAUCUUGCGGCGUUUGUAAGAUACAUAAUUUGUCGCGUAUCUGUAAAGUUUUAGUUUUAGUAAUAAUCGAAUAUUUUGUCAUAAUUUAGAUACUGAUACGAUGGCAAGUAGGAUAAUUUUCAUUUAGCUUUAUUAAGCAAAGCCACAAAAGAAGAUAUUUUAUUGUAUUUUUAUCAUGUACAUAUAACGCUUGAAAGUAUACAGCCACUUCCGGUGGAUUAAACUCGCACGUUUCGUCGCUUUUCUUAAUUUUUCGGGAUCUUUUGAAUCGUCGAAUCGUCCAAGUUUUCGGAUUCUAGAUCACGUGUUUAUGAGUUGAAUGUCGAGUCAGAUUAUUUUGAGAUAUGGUGCAUUUCUUGAUUAAAACAAAUAAAAUGUCAAUAAGAAAAAAAGAAAAAAAAACAGUAGAACAGUAUAUACAUGUAGCUAAUGACGAAAGGUAGUAAAGUAAUCGUGACAGUAGCUUAGAGGCUCUGUCACAUUUAAUACCCGUCACGUUAAUUUGAUGAAUAUUCCACGGUCGAAUAACCGAUAUUAGUAUAUUUAUUUUAUCACUUAAGAUAGAACCAAGUUCUUCGAGAUCGAUCAACCCGAAGACAUCGUAUCGUCGCUCUUCUCUCGACCCGAAUAGAGAUUCCUCUCUAUUUGUGAGUAACGAAGCGUUGUUUGCACAGGUUAUACAUAUAGGAUUAAUUUAUAUCAUUUUUACUAUAUGUGCGGAUUCGCAUUACACGAUGCCGCUCGAAUGCGUAUCGAGUGUGUCAUAAGUUGCGUGCAAAUCUUUCUUCCUUUAUUCUUCAAUUUCUUGCGAAAACAAUUCUCGUUCUUCUCUUGAACGUGUUAUUAUUUAUUUACAAUUCUGUAAUAUAAUUCUCUCACCUUUUAGAUGCGUGACUCGAGAUCAAUUCCGCAUGAAUCUUGCGAUUGGUGAAGGAUGAUGAUUCUUUUGCCGAAAUUCGAACUUGAAUCGUGAAACGAUUAAUAAAUCGGCAAUUUUAUGGAUUAGGUCUUCGAUCGACGCGCUUUUUCUCGUGAGGAAAUUAGUAAGACAAAUUGAAGGAAUAUAUAUGAAUAUACAUAGCUUUAAACUGCUCGUAGCGUGUAUCAUAGAGCGAUGUAAGAUUGUGCUAGCGGGGAUAAUUCUUGAGUGUAUACUAUAGUUUUGAGAAUCGAUUGAUUUUACAUGUCAAAGUUACGCAUAUAUUACGCUUAUAUAUAAGUUAUGAAAUGCUUUAAUCUAUAUACUACGCUCAGAAUUUUUUUAAUUUAUUAAUUUAAUAUACAACUAAUAAAGAGCGUGCGUCCUCUCUCUCUCUCUUUCAUAAUUGUAAUGAUACUCUGAGUUCUAUUAGGAAGAAAAAUUGACUCAAAAUUCAAUUUUAAAUCAAUUAUUAAUAUCAGUUAUAUGCAGGAGGACAGAUAAGUUGUUCUCAAUGUUCAACAUAUUUAAAAAAAUUUUUUUUAUCGUAACAAAAUUGUUUAUUCAUUAUAUUAGCGCAAUCAUAUCUCAUUUUAUGAUACACAUUUCCAAUACUUGUCGCAUCGCGCGGGCGUGUUUGCGAUCUUUUCUUAAUAUCUCUUUGUUGAUAGAUUCGGAAAACGAUUAGUUUUCUAGGUCUCGAUAUAAUUAACAUUUAUAUAUGCCUAAACUCGUUUUUCACGAGAAAGAAAAUCCUGAAGGAAAUAAGAAUGUAUGGAGAAUGGACGUUCUCUUUUUUUUCUUUCUUUUUCUCGAAACUUAAUAUUAAUUUCAAAAUUAACGAGACUAGCUCAUCCUCGUCGAUUCAUUCGAAAUCUCUACGAGCGAUGCGAAUCGGUAGCGUUUCAACGAUUUGAUCGAUCGAUUAUGAGAAUGAAUUUAUAAUCGUCUAAUUGAUCGCAGGCGAUGUGUGUACACAAAACCGAAUCGCGCCUAAUGGUAUUUAUAUGUAAUUUAUGGAUUUGAUUUUUUGUCUAUGCAUUGUAGCCGAUUGUGUGCGCAUUAUGCACAACUCUCUGGGUCAUGCUCCAGCUCGGUGGAGCAAAUUAUUUCACGUAACAUCAUCGUUUUGUCGAUAGAUAUGUAAUAAAGAGAGAAACUUCGA